CCCUUCGCUGGUUCUUAACUUUCUUUUGACACAGUCGCGUGUUGGUUGCUUUGGUUUGAGUUCAAAACACGACCAGCCGAAUGUUAAUAAUAUUUUAGCGUUCAAACAUUUUCUGUUCCAUUUCGAAAAGUGUACAAAGUGCAGCUCCUAUAAGUGAGAACUGUAUUUGCCGAAGAAUCUACAUGAAGAAAUGCUUUAGAAGCUCAGAAUCGCCAGCACACACGUAUUUACGUAAACAAUCCCAACUACGCCACCACCGAGUGCCAGAAAUACUUGCGGUGCUGUUGAAAGGAAAAUGAUUUACAUUUUAAUCAAAUAUGCACAACGCGUCAUCGGUUAAGGUAGCGCUGGACCGAUUUUACUUCCGCUGUUUCUAGCAUAGUUCAGUCGCUUAAUACUCCCUCCGCAAUUCGGGUCCAAUUAUGUUCCGCAAACUUUCCACUGCCAUGAACUCACGUUCCUCGCUGAUGCGAUCGUUCAGUGUAGGUGAACUGUCCAAAGACCACCAAGAAGUUCAGCAACUAUGUCGUCAAUUUAGCGAACGAGAACUGAAACCUGCUGCAAGCGCCAUUGAUCGCGAAGGUAGCUUUCCCGCUGCAGCUAUUGCCAAGCUGGCGGAGUUAGGAUUGAUGCGGGUUACCGUGUCGCCCAAGUAUGGCGGCUCUGGUCUGGAUAUGCUCUCGCUAUCGCUCGUAGUUGAAGAACUUUCGCGAGGAUGCGGUAGCACCGGGAGCAUAGUGUCCAUUCACAACUGCCUGUACGCCAACCUGUUGCAUCGGCUGGGUACGGAUGAGCAGCAGGAACGAUUUUUCAACAAAUAUGAAAAUCAAACAAUCGGCGCUUUCGCGCUCAGUGAGGCUGAUGCGGGUUCCGAUGUGGCCGCAAUGUCGACCAGAGCUGUGCAGGAUACCGAUGGCAGUUGGAUACUAAACGGAACGAAGGCGUGGGUAACAUCGGGCAUUGAAGCGGUGGCCGGCAUUGUUUUCGCCACCGUGGAUCCGGCCCUAAAGUAUAAAGGCAUUACUGCAUUUCUGGUCGACUUUGAUGGGGGCAAUCUGGCCGGACUACAUCGAGGCCGUCCGGAAGAAAAGCUGGGCAUCCGUGGCACUUCAACCUGUGAUUUAAUACUGGAAAGCGUGCGUGUCCCGGCAGCAAACGUGCUUGGAACCGUUGGUGGUGGGAUGCGUAUCGCUAUGGAGCAACUCGACCGUGCACGGAUAGGAAUCGCCUCACAGGCCCUUGGCAUAAGUCAAGCCGCGCUGGAAACGGCCAUAGAGUACGCCAAGCAGCGUACGGCCUUCGGAGGCACUCUGAUCGAUCUACCCGCCGUUCGUACGAGAAUUGCCGAAAUGGCAACGAAGAUCGAAAUGGCUCGGCUGCUGGUGCGUAAAGCUGCCGGCGAGCUAGACCGUGGACUGCGGGCCACGAAGGCAUGCUCGAUGGCGAAAUGGGUGGCGGGCGAAACGGCAACAUACGCGGCACACGGAUGUCAGCAAAUUUUGGGCGGUAUGGGAUACGUGAAGAAUCUUCCGGCCGAGCGGUACUAUCGGGAUGCUCGCAUUACUGAAAUCUAUGGCGGUGUUACCGAUGUGCAGAAAUCGAUCGUGGCGGACCAAGUAAUCAGGGAGCUGAAAUGAACGAUCGAGGUCCGUGUUGUCCGGCAGUAAUGUUAAGGAUCGACGAACGCAAUUUAAUUGUGUUUUUAACAUGAUUUUUUUCCAUUUUGUGGUUAACGGUGAAAGUCUGAAAGGCUGUAAUGGUGUAUUUUUGAAAUAUUUUUACAUUUAAACUGAGCGCACAAAUAUAUUUAAAUGACUGAAAAAGAUAUUUUACUCCAAACGCUUA